CCUCAGCUGGGCACUCCACUCGGGCCCUGCGAACUCCCCGUCUCUCCAUGGCACCCUGCUGCCCUUUAUAAUAACCCCCGCGACCCUGUCGCCCCAGGAGGAUAAGUCGCCUUUUUUGGGUCAAUUUUUCUUCCUCGGCUCGUGAUCGCGCGUGUCCCCUUUUGUGUCGUCGCCGUCGCCGUUCUCCCUUCUCAGCCGCUCUUUCUGUCAACCCCUUCUCUACCAGUGAACACAAGGACGCCAAACCCUCGCCUGUUGCCACAUAUAGUCCCGCUGUUUUGGUCGCACCGCGGCCCCGCAAGCGGCACUCUCCGUUUUCCUCCCCACUCGGCAACACGUGGUGGCCGCACCGAUCGGACGGGAAUUGAACGGACGGGCCAUGUCCUUCACCGGGACCGGUUCCUUCGGGAACUAUGAUCUUACGGCACAGAUGACCGGCUCGCCCCUUGCGCGGCAGACCACACGCGACCAAGAACAUGAGGAUGUGGCAUCUUCGCCGGCGCGGACGAUAGAGCAUGUGAGCCACACGCGUGCGACGUCGGUGACGGAGGUUGCCGAGGGAGAUGCAACCCGGUCCGACAAGGACGGAGCCACACCCGGCAAUGCAACGGACACGGCAGCCGAAGAAGACGACGAUGAUAGCGACGCUAUCGAGCAGGAGCGUCGCGGGAGCCUUGUGCAGGCCCUGGCCCGCAAGUACACGACCCAGUCCAACGCGGGCGUCGAAGCCGGCGCGAACGUGUUUUCCAUUGCGUCCACCGACGAGAAUUCGCCGCUGAAUCCCAAUGGCCCGCAUUUCAACGCCCGCGCGUGGGCCAAGGCCGUGGUCGACAUGGCCACCGGAGCAGGCCGCCAGCUGCGCACGGCCGGUGUCGCUUUCCAGAACCUGAACGUGCAUGGCUUCGGAUCGCCCACUGACUACCAGAAAGACGUGGUCAACGUGUGGCUUGAGGCGGUUGGCCUUGUGCGCCGGAUCACCGGGCACGGAAAGCGCCGGAUCGAUAUCCUGCGCGACUUCGAUGGUCUUGUGCAGAAGGGAGAGAUGUUGGUCGUCUUGGGCCCUCCCGGCUCCGGCUGCAGCACCUUCUUGAAGACCAUCGCUGGCGACUACAACGGCAUCUACGUGGACGAGGGGUCGUAUUUCAACUACCAGGGCAUGACUGCCAAGGAGAUGCACACCCACCACCGCGGCGAGGCCAUCUACACGGCCGAGGUGGACACCCACUUUCCGCAGCUGACGGUGGGCGACACUCUGACCUUCGCCGCCCACGCGCGUGCUCCGCGCGAGUUGCCCGCCGGGGUCACCAAGACCACGUUCGCCAACCACCUGCGGGAUGUCGUGAUGGCCAUGUUCGGCAUCGGCCACACCAUCAACACCCGCGUCGGCAACGAGUACAUCCGCGGCGUCUCGGGCGGCGAGCGGAAGCGUGUCACCAUUGCCGAGGCUGCCCUGUCCAAUGCGCCGCUGCAGUGCUGGGACAACAGCACUCGCGGCCUGGACAGUGCCAACGCCAUCGAGUUCUGCAAGACCCUGCGCCUGCAGACGGAACUGUUCGGCAACACGGCCUGCGUGUCCAUCUACCAGGCGCCGCAGAGCGCCUACGACCUCUUCGACAAGGCGCUCGUGCUGUACGAGGGACGCCAGAUCUUCUUCGGUAAGGCGAGCGAUGCCAAGCAGUACUUCAUUAACCUGGGCUUCGAGUGCCCCUCGCGCCAGACCACGCCGGACUUCCUGACCUCGAUGACGAGCCCGGUGGAGCGCAUCAUCCGCCCCGGCUUCGAGGGCAAGGCCCCGCGCACGCCGGACGAGUUUGCCGCGGCGUGGAAGAACAGCGCCGAGUACCAGGCGCUGCAGGCCGAGAUCGAGGAGUACAAGCAGAGCCACCCGCUCAACGGACCCGAUGCCGAGGCCUUCCGUGCUUCCAAGAGGGCGCAGCAGGCCAAGGCCCAGCGGCUCAAGUCGCCCUUCACGCUCUCGUACGCGCAGCAGGUGCAGCUCUGCCUCUGGCGAGGAUGGAGGCGCCUGAUCGGAGACCCGAGCCUGAGCUUGGGCGCCCUGAUCGGCAACUUCAUCAUGGCCCUGAUCAUCUCCAGUGUCUUCUACAACCUCCAGCCCACCACGUCCAGCUUCUAUCAGCGGGGCGCCCUCUUGUUCUUUGCCUGCCUGAUGAACGCCUUCGCCAGUGCGCUCGAGAUCUUGACGCUCUACGCCCAACGCCCCAUCGUCGAAAAGCACGACCGCUACGCGCUGUACCAUCCGUCUGCCGAAGCCGUCGCCUCGAUGCUCUGCGACAUGCCGUACAAGGUUGCCAACACAAUCGUCUUCAACAUCACGCUGUACUUCAUGUCCAACCUGCGCCGCGAGCCGGGCGCCUUCUUCUUCUUCCUGCUCAUCUCCUUCGUCACCGUGCUCACCAUGUCGAUGAUGUUCCGCACCAUUGCGAGCUCCUCGAGAACCCUGUCGCAAGCCAUGGUGCCGGCCGCCAUCAUCAUCCUUGCGCUCGUCGUCUUCACCGGCUUCGUCAUCCCCAUCGACUACAUGCUGGGCUGGUGCCGCUGGAUCAACUACAUUGACCCCCUGGCCUAUGCGUUCGAGUCACUGAUGGUCAAUGAGUUCCACGGCCGCAACUUCUCCUGCACGCAGUUCGUCCCGAGCCCCACCCUUUCCAGCUACGCGAACGUGGCGCCCGAGAACCGCGUCUGCUCCGCCAUCGGUUCGGUUGCUGGCUCGGCCUUCGUCGACGGCGAGACCUACAUCAACACGGCGUUCCGCUACUACCACGCGCACAAGUGGCGCAACCUCGGCAUCAUCUUCGCCUUCAUGUUAGGUUUCCUGGCCUUCUACAUGAUCGCCGCCGAGAAUGUGGCCGCCAAGAAGAGCAAGGGCGAGGUGCUCGUCUUCCGCCGCGGACACAAGCCGGCCUCCUUCAAGGAGAACAAGGGCGAUUCCGAGUCCGGCGGCACUCCUGUGGCGGGCCCCAUUACCAAGGCGGCCGACGGCAAUGUUUCCGACGGCGGCCGCUCGUCCGACAAGGAGGGCGGCAUGCUGCAGGCGCAGACCAGCGUCUUCCACUGGAAUAAUGUCUGUUACGAGGUCAAGGUCAAGGGCGAGACGCGGAAGAUCUUGGACCAUGUCGACGGCUGGGUCAAGCCGGGCACCCUGACCGCGCUGAUGGGUGUUUCCGGCGCGGGCAAGACCACCCUCCUCGACUGCUUGGCCGACCGGACCUCCAUGGGCGUCAUCACGGGAGAGAUGCUUGUCGACGGCCGGCCGAGGGAUGCUUCGUUCCAGCGCAAGACGGGAUACGUGCAGCAGCAGGAUCUCCAUCUGCAGACGACCACGGUUCGCGAAGCCCUCAACUUCAGCGCCCUCCUCCGCCAGCCCGCUCACGUCCCCCGCGCGGAGAAGCUUGCCUACGUCGACGAAGUCAUUAAGCUGCUGGAGAUGGAGGAGUACGCGGAUGCCGUCAUCGGUGUGCCGGGCGAAGGUCUCAACGUUGAGCAGAGAAAGCGGCUGACAAUCGGUGUCGAGCUGGCUGCCAAGCCACCCCUGCUCCUGUUCGUCGACGAGCCGACCUCCGGCCUGGAUAGCCAAACCUCUUGGGCCAUCCUGGACCUGCUCGAGAAGCUGACCAAGAGCGGCCAGGCCAUUCUCUGCACCAUCCACCAGCCCUCGGCCAUGCUGUUCCAGCGCUUCGACCGGCUCCUGUUCCUGGCCAAGGGCGGCAAGACGGUCUACUUUGGCGACAUCGGCAAGAACUCCAAGACCAUGACGUCGUAUUUCGAGCGCAACGGCGGCUUCCCCUGCCCCGCCGACGCGAACCCGGCCGAGUGGAUGCUCGAGGUCAUCGGCGCUGCCCCGGGCAGCGACAGCAGCAUCGACUGGCACAAGACGUGGCGUGAGAGUCCCGAGUACGCGGCCGUGCAGGAGGAGCUGCAGCGACUCAAGACGGACGUCAAGGAGUCCAACCCGAUCAGCGACGAUCCCGGAAGCUAUCGCGAAUUCGCCGCCUCGUACUGGGAGCAGCUUCAGCACGUCACCCACCGUGUUUUCCAGCAGUACUGGCGCACGCCCUCGUACAUCUACUCCAAGGCGUCUCUGUGUGCGCUGGUGGCGCUCUUCAUCGGCUUUGUCUUCUUCCGCGCUCCCAACACGAUCCAGGGUCUCCAGAACCAGAUGUUUUCGAUUUUCAACCUACUCACAGUUUUUGGCCAACUGGUUCAGCAAACCAUGCCUCACUUCGUCAUUCAGCGCUCGUUGUACGAAGUCCGGGAGCGGCCGUCCAAGGUCUACAGCUGGAAGGUGUUCAUGCUUUCCCAGAUCAUCGUCGAGCUCCCCUGGAACACGCUCAUGGCCGCCAUCAUGUACUUCAGCUGGUACUACCCUGUUGGCCUCCAGGACAACGCUGCGGUGGCGGGUCAGACGGCCGAGCGUGGCGCCCUGAUGUUCCUCCUCAUGGUCACCUUCCUUCUGUUCACUUCCACCUUUACCGACUUCAUCAUCGCCGGCUUCGAGACGGCCGAGGGCGGCGGUAACAUCGCCAACCUGCUCUUCUCGCUCUGCCUGAUCUUCUGCGGUGUCCUCGCCACCCCGGACACCAUGCCUCGCUUCUGGAUCUUCAUGUACCGCCUCAGCCCCUUUACCUACCUAGUCAGCGCCAUGCUGUCCGUCGGCGUGGCCAAUACCAACGUCGUCUGCGCCGCCAACGAAUUGCUGCAUUUCAAGCCGCCCAACGGAACCACAUGCGGCGACUAUAUGGCCGACUACAAGGCCGCCUUCGGCGGCUACCUGACGGAUAACUCCAGCACCGACCAAUGCUCGUUCUGUACCAUCAGCGACACCAACACCUUCCUCGCCACUGUCCAGUCCAGCUAUGACGACAGAUGGCGCAACUUUGGCAUCCUGUGGGCCUACAUCAUUUUCAACAUCGGCGCUGCCUUGGUUGUCUACUGGCUUGUCAGAGUGCCCAAGAACAAACUUGGAAAGAAGAAGCAGGAUUAAGCAAUUCACCUUAUGCUUGCUUCAGCAAAGAGUCGUCCGGCGGGCACAGUCUGUUUUCAGCUAGUUCGCUUCUAUCUCUCUCUCACACCGUGUACAGAUAUUUGUACCUUCCAUACUUACUUCUCUUGUUGAUAAUGUCUAGAUUAGAUUGAGGCGGUGGCGUUGUUUGCAUCUGUAUGUGGCGGAUAGACUCAAAUAGAUUCGCACCCUUCGUGUAGGGCUUACAACAGUUCACCCCUGGAUCAUUUGUCAAUCACCAAGACAAAAACUAUGUAAUAAUGCAUCCAUAUCUAAAGG